AUGAACCCGGCCGAGCGCAAGGUAUACCUCCCUCUUGAGGAUAUUUCCACUUGCGGAGCCUGUGGGAAGAAUGGAAGUGCUCGUGAUCUGAAGCUUUGCGGCUCUUGCAAAGAGAUCGCCUACUGUGGCUCAGAAUGCCAAACAGCGCAUUGGGAACAACACAAGCGGGAACAUCCGUGCGGCAAGCAGAUGACCGAGUACAUCGAACUCUCGUCCUUCUAUCCCAUCAUCGCGCUGCUCGUGGACAUACUGCGAAUCGACGCCCCUGGACUGCACAUCGCACACCAACACGAGCUUCUUCAAUCCCCCAUGGUCGUCGAGCUUCCGGACAAGCGCAUCGUCAGGCUCUGCGUCCUCGGCGACAAGUUCGACCGCAUCGAAGACGGCGGCCCCGAAUCCGAGAAGUGGUGGCGCGACGCGCCCUCCGCGGACGUGCGCCGCAUCCUCUGGCGCCGCAUCCAGUCCGAAGACCACCUCCUCGGCCUGCACACCUUCUCCGUCGCCCUCGCCCUCGUCGCCGCGCUCUACACCACCACCGCGGACAGGGCGCGCGGCACGAAGCGCGUCCGCCUCCAGUACGGCUCGUCCCCCGUCGCCGACUUCGGCCUCGUGCGCGGCGCGGUCGACGUCAAGGGCCGGGACCGGUUCGCGUACCUCGUCGACGGCGAGCUGCGCUUCGGGCAGGACCCGGCGAACCACUUCUGGCUCUGGUUCCGCACCGUGCGCGGCGAGGAGACCGUGCUCGACCUCGGCAUGGUCCACUUCAACCUCUGCGUCUUCGUCUCCGGCCUGCCCUACCUCCGCGGGCUCGACCCCGCGCUCGCGUUCCCGCACGCGCCGAGCCUCUUCAUGGGCCGCGACGUCGCGCGCAUGGCCGCCGCGAUGCACGCGCCGCACGCGCGGCUGUCCGUGCUGCGCGACGCGGCGCUGCAGCGCGCGGUGUGCCGCCCGGGCGAGCCGGAGUCCGCGCGCGCGGUGCACGGCGUGCUCACCGGCUUCGGCGCGCGCGCGACGUGCGCGCAGGCGGAGGCGAUGGGGAUGCAGCGCGAGGGCCCGGCGGAGGCGAUCGCGGCGCAGCUGGCCCGGCGCGCGGCGCGGAUGCUGGAGGACGUGUUGGCCCGCGAGGCGUGGAAGACGUGGCCGGCGGAGGUGCAGCUGGGGAUCGCGCCCGACGAGGAGACGGACCCGAGCACGCUGAGCAGCGCGGACUGCGACAGGAUCAGGAAGCUGGGCAAGGCGUUCAAGGCGGGGAAAAUAUCGAGGGCGGAGUAUGAUCGCAAGGUACGCCGGAUCGCGCAUCCGACCUGA